ACUCAAAAAGAAAAACAUUAAGUUGAUCUCUUAUAAAAUUUCUUUGAUUAAAAUUUAAAAUGAACGGAUUAUUAGGAAGCAUUCUUAAAAAAUCUCUACUACCCAGUGUAAUACUAAAGAAAAACAUAACUUCCACAAGUGCACUGUGUUUAAAACAAAUUGAAGUUAAUCACGAUGAACAGAAACAAUCAGUUGUCAUAAAAGGAAAAUUUAUAGAUUCACCCAACAAGCCAUAUCUAUUGAAAGAGUACAUAGAAUGUCAGAAGGAAAAGAAAAGAUUCUGUCCAGAAUGCACUCUCGGCUUAGACGUCAAGCAUACUGACGUCUUAAUUUUAUCCCAAUACGUAACUCCUGAUGGAAGUAUGCUACCACGAAUAGCAACUGGCUUGUGUAAAAAACAGCAGAAGAGAAUAAGAACAAUGGUUGUAAUGGCACAAAGAGCGGGACUUUUCGAUAGAAUUUCAAAAGUUACUAAAAUUAAUGAUCCAUUGUAUAAACAAUUGAAGAGUUGUAAUUCGAAAGGAAGACGUUUGAAUCGUUAUUACUUUGAAGAUACCAUUAAAACCGACCCAUUAACGUGUCAAUGUUUCAACUUGUUAAGUCGCAUUCUUAAGAUGGUUUUGUUAGAAGUUUGUGUUGAUUCUAUAUUGUCGGCAGUUAAUGCCUCUGAAUCUGGGGCAGAUAGAAUAGAAUUAUGUUCAGCAUUAAGCGAAGGUGGUUUGACUCCAAGCAUUGGUUUAUUCAUGGGAGUAAAAGGAGCUCUUGCUAAAUCAAAGACUAAAAUAUUUUGCAUGAUAAGAAUUCGUCGUGGAGAUUUCAACUACAGUGAUGAAGAGAUUGAUGCAAUGAUAACAGAUGUAGAGUAUUUUAAAAAACAUGCAGCUGAUGGAAUUGUUUUCGGUUGUUUAGAUGAGUUCCAAAAUAUUCACAAAGAAAAAUGUUUGAAAGUUAUUAAUGCUUGGGGAAAUCAAGGAAAUAUUACAUUUCAUCGUGCAUUCGAUGAAACGAGUGCAAGUGAUAUGGAAGAGAACUUGAAAAUUAUUAAAGAUUUGGGAUUCUCAAGAAUUCUUUCAAGUGGAUACAAAUCUUCAGCUGAAGUAGGGAUUGAAAGUUUGAAGAAUAUUAUAAAACGUGCUAGGGAAGAUGACAUUCAGCUUAAAGUUAUGCCAGGAGCAGGAAUAACAAAAGCCAACGUUUCUAAAAUUAUUACAGAAACUCAAUGUAAUGAAAUUCAUGCUUCAGCGAGAUCUCCCGUGAAAUCCAAUACAGGAAAAUUAUCAAUGGGUGGAGGAAAUGAAGAUCUACAACCAUUAAUGGUUUGUGAUCCUAUCAAAGUUAAGGAACUGAUCGAAAUAUCUAAGAAUGUUGUAAUUUAAAUUAUAUUUAAAUUUU